UAUUGGCAGGCGGGCUGUGGAGGCUGGGCGGUUCCGACUGCCUGACGCCAGCGCGACCAGAUCAAUCCAGGCUCUGGGAGCGAGCGGGCGCACCACGGCGAGGCCAGGGCCGAGGCUCGGGGACGGCGGCUGGGAGCAGAGCGGAGCGGAGCGCGGGACCCGGCGCCCGGUCUCGUGCGUCCCCACUGAUGGGCGCGCCGCCGAGCCGGUGCUAACUGGGUCCCUUCUUGGAACAAGAAGGACGGCAUUUUCUACCUUUCAGAACCACAGGCCAAGAAGCUAAAGAGAAUCUAUGUAAAUCAGCUGACCCCUCUUUUGGCCUGGACCCACCCUGGAGAGUCCCUUUGCCCUGCCUGAGGAGUGUGGAAAACUAGACCAGGCGCUAUGAACGUGACCAGUUUGUUUUCAUUCACGAGUCCAGCUGUGAAGAGACUCCUAGGGUGGAAACAGGGUGACGAAGAAGAGAAAUGGGCCGAGAAAGCCGUGGACGCGCUAGUGAAAAAACUGAAGAAAAAGAAAGGGGCCAUGGAAGAGUUGGAGAAAGCCCUGAGCUGUCCCGGGCAGCCCAGUAACUGUGUCACCAUCCCCCGCUCUCUGGACGGCAGGUUGCAGGUGUCCCACCGGAAGGGGUUGCCUCAUGUCAUUUAUUGCCGUGUGUGGCGCUGGCCCGACCUCCAGAGCCACCAUGAACUGAAGCCACUGGAAUGCUGCGAGUUCCCUUUCGGUUCCAAGCAGAAGGAGGUGUGCAUCAACCCCUACCACUAUAAGCGGGUGGAAAGCCCUGUUCUCCCUCCGGUGCUGGUCCCGAGGCACAGCGAGUACAACCCGCAGCACAGCCUCCUGGCUCAGUUCCGCAACCUGGGACAGAACGAGCCUCAUAUGCCACUGAACGCCACGUUUCCAGACUCCUUCCAGCAGCCCAACAGCCACCCGUUCCCCCACUCUCCCAACAGCAGUUACCCCAACUCUCCUGGCAGCAGCAGCAGCACCUACCCUCAUUCCCCCACCAGCUCAGACCCAGGCAGCCCUUUCCAGAUGCCAGCUGACACACCCCCGCCUGCUUACCUGCCUCCUGAAGACCCCAUGGCCCAGGAUGGAUCGCAGCCAAUGGACACAAAUAUGAUGGCACCUUCAUUGCCCGCAGAAAUCAACAGAGGAGAUGUCCAGGCAGUGGCUUAUGAGGAACCGAAACACUGGUGCUCUAUUGUGUACUAUGAGCUCAACAACCGUGUGGGUGAAGCGUUCCACGCCUCCUCGACCAGCGUGUUGGUGGACGGCUUCACCGACCCUUCCAACAACAAGAACCGCUUCUGCCUCGGCCUGCUCUCCAACGUGAACCGGAAUUCCACUAUUGAAAACACCAGGCGACAUAUUGGAAAAGGAGUUCACCUUUACUACGUUGGAGGAGAGGUGUAUGCCGAGUGCCUCAGCGACAGUAGCAUCUUUGUGCAGAGUCGGAACUGCAACUACCAUCAUGGGUUCCACCCCACUACCGUCUGCAAGAUCCCCAGUGGGUGCAGCUUGAAAAUCUUCAACAACCAAGAGUUUGCUCAGCUACUGGCACAGUCUGUGAACCACGGGUUCGAGACAGUGUAUGAACUCACCAAAAUGUGCACUAUUCGAAUGAGCUUUGUGAAGGGUUGGGGAGCCGAAUACCACAGGCAGGAUGUUACUAGCACCCCCUGCUGGAUUGAGAUACAUCUGCACGGCCCUCUCCAGUGGCUGGAUAAAGUUCUAACCCAGAUGGGUUCGCCCCACAACCCUAUUUCAUCAGUGUCUUAAGGGGCCUCGGGCUUCUGUCUCUUGCAGACUCUUGAGCCUUGCAUGUACUUGAAGGAUGGAUAAGUCAGACAGGAUGAAGAGCCGACGAAAGAGCCUUGAUAAUACUUGACCUCUGUGACCAACUGUUGGAUUGAGGAAUGGACAAACCUCGGUGUGGCGUGCUGAUGACACCAGGAAGCCGUUCAGUUUACAUUGUGACGUUCUGUUGUAAAAUCAACUAAGAUGCUGACUUCUAGCAGGACUUUUGUGUAUAGUUGAAAAUGACAUGGCCAAGCCAGGGACAAAUAGCUAUUAGGGGGGGAAAAAUCCUAGGCAAUCCCUUUGCGUGUGGGCAGAGAGGACUGGCGUUGUGGUCUUUCUGAGGUGCGCUUGUCAUCAGGUGCAGCGCCCACGGUGACUCAUCUUCUCAUGGGUUCUCAUAUUUUAAAACUAUUUGUUUAGAAAUGAAUGGGUUUUCUGUUUGUUUUUAAAGUAAAGGUUAAUCUUUAUGACACACAUAGUAAUCUUUCUAAGACUGUAUGCUGGCUGUAUUGCUGUCAGAAUGACGUCAGGCGUAUGCUCUUUGCUAAAUAUGUAUAUACAGAAUAUUUGGAGGUUAUGAAUAGUCUAAAUGGCUAGUGGAUCUAGA